AUGCGUCUUAGCAUUGCUACUGUUGUGGGCUUCGCCAUUGCCCCUGCGUUAGCUAGCUGCCCUUAUGCCCGAGAUGCGGGCACUGAGGCUGACAACAAUGCUAACCUCCAUGCUCACUUACCUCGCGAGAACAUUAUAAGCAAGUCAACCCCAACUGUUGCAUCCCCGACCCCUUCCACGGCGGCUGGAAAAAAGGGUCUGCUGUUAAUGAACCGCAUUGCUCCUGGUGCCUCGGAAUUAUACAUCGCCAACGCGGAUGGCACCAACGAGCGUCCUUUGUUGACAGAUCCCGGUUAUGAAUACCACGCCGAGUUUUCUCCCGAUGGUGAAUGGAUUGGCUUCACGAGUGAGCGGAACGGUGAUGGAAAUUCCGAUAUCUGGCGUGUGCGCCCAGAUGGCUCCGAUCUACAGCCGAUUGUGACAUCUCCGGCAGCGGAAGACAGCGUUGUAAUCUCACCCAAUGGAACGUUGGUAGCAUAUGUUUCAACAGCCAACAAUUACAUCGCAAAUAUUUGGGUCAAGGACCUGGAGACCGGUGCUGAGUGGAAUAUCACAGAUACCCCGGCUAACCUGCCAGAUGAGAACAUGAUGCACGGUCAUUUUCGUCCAGCUUGGUCGCCAGAUGGAAAUUGGCUUGCAUUUUCCUCUGACCGCAACACAAAAUGGGAUGGCCACGGAAAUCUUACGUACCUCGGCCUCGCUGGCUGGGAGCACACCCAAGAGCUCGGCAUUUACAUCAUUCGCCCUGAUGGCUCAGAUCUUCGCCGUGUUGCCAAUCGCACUUGCCACUGCCUUGGGUCCCCCAAAUGGUCACCUGAUGGCAAUCGCCUCAUAUUCUAUGAGAUGACUCGUAAUAAUACGUGGGAUGCGCAUCGGCCUGAGACCGUUGCAAAUGCCAACUCCGCAAUUAUCUCUGUUGGGAUCAAUGGCGAUGACCGUCGAAUUGAGGUUGGCGGGGCUGGUGUUAAGACCUUUCCUCAAUACGUGACAAACUCCACCAUUGGGUACCAUCUGAAAGGCGGUGAUAAGGAGGGCUUGUACCUCACAAACGGUACCUACUUCAAUACCACCAUCCGCUCUCCCUCGUGGUCUCCUGACGGAAAGUACGUUGUUUACGAGAAGGUUGAUUGGUCUAUCCGCCCGCUCUUUAAAGAACUUUACAGCUGGGACAACGACUGGGAAUACCGCUUCACUGAUGUGUUCCCUCAACUCUCGUCGGACGACCGCGUGGCUUUGACUGAAAAGCAGCUUGGGAACUCCUCCAUUGCCACGUUUGACCUAGACGAUAGGCAUGUCUCCUUACUCUACAAGCCUAAUGAUACCAGUCUACUCGACACUGAUCUGAUUCAAGAUGGUCUGGGAGGGGCCUACAGUCCCAGCUGGUCCCCAGAUGGCGAAUGGAUUGUCUUUGGAGUGGGCGGCUGGUUUGAAGCGCGUGAUUGGCGAGGAGGCUGGAUUUUACGUUCCACCGCAAACGGCAGUAAUACCGAGGUCCUUACCACCAGCAGUCUCUGGGUUAACGGAACGAAGAACCUAAAUACCGGCUUUCCUAGCUUCUCUCACGACGGCAAGAAGGUCGUCUACCGCGUGUGGGGUGCUGACACCGCUAAGUACGGUGACGAGACUGAUAUCGGUUUACGCAUUAUCGACAUUGAGACUAGACAGAUCACCCAGCUCACCAGCGGCUGGGACAAUCUCCCCUCUUUCUCGCCCGACGGAGAAUUUAUAAUCUUUACCCGCAAGGUUUCUCCGACUAACUAUGAGGUCUGCACCAUCCGCCCUGACGGCACUGAUCUCCGUAUUCUGACUUCCAGCGGCGCCAACGAUGCCCACGCGGUUUGGCGUCAGGAUGGAAAAAUCUUGUGGUCCUCCGGAAUGUACGGGUUCCAGUAUGAGUGCGCUCUGUACGACCACACCUUCCAGCCCUACGGUCAGAUCAUGAUCAUGGAUUCCGAUGGAUCCAAUAAGCGUGCUUUGACUAACUCCAUAUGGGAGGACUCAAUGCCGCUCUUUCUUCCUAAUGAUUGGUUCUAA